GCCCUGUGGGGCCCUGAUCUCCAGAUGUCUAGGGCCAGUGGACACGUACCAGUCCUUGUCUGAUUCUCCCCCCAGCGCAAUGUCUCUGCUAGAGGAGCCGGCAGACUUGAAUUACAAGCUAGCCAGCGUAUCAGGUUGGCCUGGAUUUCCUGCCUGCACUAGCUGGCUGUGCACUGACACCUGCACAGCUCUGACCUGCUGCUUUGUUCUUGGGUUGGAAAGAGCUGGCUCGCUGGCAGGUGAGCGCUCCAAUCCCCUCCCACGCGUGCCAGGGCGGGAGAGACCUUUGGAGCCGCCAAUCACGUGGCGGGCGCAGGGAGCCUUAAGCCGGCGCCCGCCGUGGGCAGGGCUCACUGCUCGGCUGCAGCCAUGGCUCACGUCGCCAAGUCCUUCUACGACCUCAGCGCCACCGACCUCCACGGGGAGAAGGUGGAUUUCAACAACUUCCGGGGCCGGGUGGUGCUGAUCGAGAACGUGGCGUCUCUCUGAGGCACGACGGUGCGGGACUACACCCAGCUCAACCAGCUGCAGGCCCGCUACCCCCGCCGGCUGGUCGUGCUGGGCUUCCCGUGCAACCAGUUUGGCUACCAGGUACGUGGGCCCCCUCCCCCAUAUCCCCUGCCUCCCCAGGGAGCCCUGCGGGUUGCAGGAUCAUCCCCCUCCGGCACUGGCUCGGCACUUGGGGGACUCCCACCAGCUGGGGCCUGGGAACGGGGGAUGUAUGCAGCCCCUGCUCCUCCUGUGGCGUCUUGCCAGAGCAGAGCAGCCGCGGGUGCGCACAUGGCAGGGAGGAGCCCAGCCCUGGCCACGCAGCAGCAUGGUGCUCAGUCCAGCCUGGAAAUCAGUUCCAGAGCCAGGGAACGGGCUGCUUUCUGCCGCGCUGCCUUGCACCAGGACGUGGGGCAGGGGCACCCCCGCCCCAGCUCAUGCCCUCUUGCACGGCACAAGCAGGUCUCAUUAGCCUCAGACGUGCGGCCGGGCGGCGGCUUCGAGCCCAACUUCACGCUGCUGCAGAAGUGCCAGGUGAACGGGCAGGACGUGCACCCCGUCUUCGCCUACCUGAAGGCCCACCUGCCCGCCCCGGCCGACGAGCCUGCCGCCCUCAUGGCCGACCCCAAGUUCCUCGUGUGGAGCCCGGUGCGCCGCGACGACCUCUCCUGGAACUUCGAGAAGUUCCUGGUGGGGCCCGAGGGGGAGCCCUUCAAGCGCUACAGCCCCCGCUUCCAGACCAGCGCCAUCGAGCCCGACAUCCCGCGCCUCCUCAAGCUCGCCAAAUAG